AACAUUUUGACACUUUAAAACGAUACGACAGACUUCCGGGGGAUUGUGUUCAGUGGUCAAUUUUUUUAAUUAUUUUUUUUAGGAACCCGGAUUUUACUAAUCAAAAACAAUGAUCACAAUUUGCCCAAAAAUUCCAAAAACCUUGUAUAAUAAACAUUUCAAACUUCAUGGAAACAAUGCAUUAAAGUGUUACAGUCUACAUAGAGAAUAUUCUCAAAAAGUUUCAUCUUCCUCUAAACCGGUAUCGUUAGGAGGGUAUUAUGCCUUCGGCACAUUGACACUUAUCGGUGGUGCUACGUUGUGUUACGCUAAAUAUGAUGAUCAGUUUCGUAAAUAUUUAAAAGGUAAUGUGCCCUUUACUGACGAUCUUAUUAAAUUCAUAUUCCAAGAAGAAUUGACUUACGAACAGCGAUAUCAAAAUAUUCAAAACACUGUUUCCAAAUAUAUACCAAGCUUCUUGUCUACACAAACUCCGGAGUCUACUUUAACAUCAGCAUCCAAAUCAAAGAUUGUGCAAGAAUUUCCUGAAAAGUCUGGAAGUGGAAAGGCAGCAGAUUCAACACCUAAAAAUUUAGAAGCCAAAUCAACAGUUGUUUCAAUGCCAAUAGAUCCUAUUUUGGAGCCAUAUUCAAAAAGGUCUGAAGAUAAGGAAACUUUAAAAGUUGCAGAAGAAGAAGUAAGAAAACCAGAAGUCAAACAAAUAUCUGUAGCAGCCAAACCAAAGCACAUUGUUAAUAUUGAAAAAGAAAUAAACGAGGUGUCUGGGACCGCAUUGAAAUCCUAUGGAUUAGCAGUUACAUCCUUACGUAAUUUUACUAGAGAUGUUGACACUUUAGUAGAACAAAAUUUUGAAAGAGUUGAUUCAAAAGUAUGGCAUAAUUUAAAACUAUUAUCCGAACAAAAAAAUCAGGCAAUCGAAAAUGCAGAAAAAAAUGCUAAAGAAGCGCAAGAAACUAUUCAGAUGUAUAAGAAAAUGUUUGAACGUAAAGAUUUGAAAUUGGAUGACGAAAAUUUAGCCUCAACAAUGCAAGCUAUUAAUCGUGCUGAAAAAGAGCUAAGAGAAGUUCAAAAUAGUUAUAAUAAGGAAGUGCUAAAUGCUAAAAUCACUGAACGCUUCUGGGAUAAAGUUGAAUAUGCUCGAAAACAAUACCAAGAAGAAUUGGGAAUUUUAUGCCCAUCGAUUAAAUUAGAAGAUACUAAAUUGAAUUUGUCUGAAGGUGAAAUAGAUUUGUUCAUUUUACACACACAGAAGAAGAUUCAAUAUUUACAAAAAGAGUUAGCUAAAUUAGAUACAAAACGUGAAUAUGAAUUAGAAAAUGCAAUUCAAAAAGCUAAAGAGUCCGGUAAUGUAGACCCCUUGGUUGAAGAAGAAUUGAAAAUUUUAUUGGAUCGUGAAAAACGACAAUUAAUGGAAGUUUUCCAGAAAAAGGCGCUAGAAGUUCAAGCAAACGCGGAAAGAGACAUCAAGGCACAAUUAAAAAGACAAUCUGAAGCGCACAGUGAUCAUCUAAAUGAUGCCAUUCGAUCCAAAGAAAAUGAAUUAAAGCGCUCCUUUGAUCGCCAGUUGAACGAAGAAGUGUUAAAAGCUAAAUUAGACUACAAAGCACAAUUAGCAGCAAUGGUGGGUCGAUUGAAAGGUGUUGAUAAUGCUCUGAAAGAUUUGGACGAAGAGUUGCAAGUCCGUGCUGAUGCUGAUAAAAAUGCGCAUCAAUCACAAGCACUUUGGAGUGCCUGCCAAUCACUACACCAAGCUGUUAAAAAUGAGUUGAAUGAAAAUCCUGAUUCACAGCCAAUACCACUUGCUAAGCAUGUUGACGCCAUUUCGAAAGCAGGAGACGAUGAUGAACUGGUUAAAGCAGUGGUCAAUUCAAUUCCAAACACAGUGUUAGAACGUGGUGUGUAUAAUGAAAGUGCAUUACGAGAACGUUUUGACAAAGUUGAAAAACUAGCUAAACGAUUAGCACUUGUGCCAGAUGAAGGUGCUAAGUUACCUGUGUACUUACUUUCCUUUAUUCAAUCUUUAUUAUUAGUGAACGCUGCUAGUUUAAUUACAAAAGAAGAAUUAAAUGAUGAAGUCGUUGAUUUUUCACAGUUUAGUACAAGUGAUAUUUUAGCGCGUGCAAGAUACUGGUUAGAUCGGGGUGAUUUCCAUUUAACACUACAAUAUAUGAAUUUAUUGAGUGGUGCGUCACGAACAGUGUCCGAAGAUUGGAUGCAAGAAGUAAAAAUUCUUCUUGAAACAAAACAAGCGGCCAAUACAUUGAUGGCACAUGCCGCAGCAAAUGGGCUUGUUUAUUUGUAAAUAAAUUAGAAUUUAAAAUAGUUGAUUUUACGGUUAUUUAAUAAUAAUGUGAGUCAUUAUAAAUUUUUAAAUUGGAUAAAAUUGAAAAAAAAUACAAACGCAAAUUUAAUCUGUAAUUUAUUUUUCCAUACAAACUCAACUGUUUAUUUAUAUAAUUACUAUCGGUCAUCUAAUCUAUUAAUAUCGAUGUCGCAGUUAACUUAAUUAGUAGCCUCUCAAUUAACAGCCUAGCCUUUUUACUAAACAGCGCUGGUCAACUAACGACCUGAAUGAUAUUGAGCCGUAGCGUCUAAUACAACAUCUCAUGAACUGGCUGACUUAUACUUAGGCCAUUCAUACAAUAGGGUGCCUAUUUGACAAAAAAAGAUGAAAUAUCUGAAAUUAGUAAUUGUUUAUUUACAUCAUUUAAAAUAUAACAAAUUGUUAUUUGGUAAUCAUGAGAUCAAACAUUCUAACUCAAUAAAAAAAAUACACAUGUAAGCAAUUAAAAUGUUAUUUGUUAACGCAAGUUAAACUUCCACGACGUUAGGAUCUGCAAAGAAGGAACAUCUAUUAUUGCGAUAUUGAUGUACCGCAGGCUUACAAUUACAUUUUUGGAAUGUCUGGCCACCAAAAGGUGAUUGACUUAUCGUAGUUUCUUUCAAAAAAAUUGAACUUUCUGAAAUUUAAUCGCCAUAGUUUCUAUCUGAGUACUGCAAUUCUUGCAGUGAAAACUAGUUUCUAAUAGAACCAUACUGUGUUCCAACAUUUCACUACACUCUUCCAUUGUACUUUUCUCUUUUGCGUAAACAUAAUCAAACUUUGAGAAACACCAACAAUAUUUUUCGUUGCCGACGCCAUGUUAACAGUGUGUGGGCGUCAGGGCAAGGUAGUA